CGGUGAUAAGAUAAAUGGACCAAUCAACGCCUUGGUAGGCGGGCACUGAAGCAGCUAGCAAGAUAGGUAGCACUGGAGAGCGCUUCUGGUUGACGUGUUGGUUUAAAGUACAGGGGGAAAAAUUAUUUAACGAAAGAUCGUUGCUGGCUGAUCAACGUUUCUGGGGGAAAAAAAAUCAUGGGUAAAAAUUACUAUAACAUCCUUGGUAUCAGCUCUGAAGCCAACGAAGAUGAAAUUAAAAAAGCUUACAGAAAAAUGGCCUUGAAGUUUCACCCGGAUAAAAACAAAGAGCCCAAUGCCGAGGAGAAAUUUAAAGAGGUGGCCGAGGCUUACGAAGUGCUCAGCGAUCCCAAGAAGAGAUCCAUUUACGAUCAAUAUGGGGAAGAAGGUCUGAAGGCUGGAGGAGCCUCUACUGGUGGCCCUGGUAACACGUUCCACUACACUUUCCAUGGUGAUCCCCACGCUACUUUUGCUUCCUUUUUUGGUGGUUCCAGUCCUUUUGAUAUUUUCUUUGGUACUCAAGGACGCUCCAGAAUGGCUAAUGACUUCACUCAUGAAGACAUGGACAUUGACGAUGAUGAUGAUGACCACGAUCCCUUCAAUGCAUUUAACCGUUUUAGUUUCAACGGAAUGAAUGGAUUUCAUCGGCGGCAUCCAGAUCCCUUCCACACUCGAAGAAAGAUACAGGAUCCCCCUGUAAUUCAUGAACUUAGAGUAUCUCUUGAAGAAAUCUAUCAUGGUUGUACUAAAAGAAUGAAGAUUACACGUAGACGGUUGAACCCAGAUGGCCGAACCACAAGGACCGAAGACAAAAUUUUGAAUGUUGUUAUUAAAAAAGGUUGGAAAGAGGGCACAAAAAUCACAUUCCCCAGGGAAGGUGAUGAAACAGCAACCAACAUACCAGCUGAUAUUGUCUUUAUUCUGAAAGACAAGCCUCAUCUCCAUUUCAAGAGAGAUGGAUCCAAUGUUGUUUAUGUCGCGAAGAUCACCCUUAGAGAGGCCUUAUGUGGUUGCACAGUUAAUAUUCCUACAAUUGAUGGCAGAGUGAUUCCCCUACCUUGCAAUGAUGUUAUCAAGCCUGGGACUGUGAAGAGGCUGAGAGGCGAGGGUUUACCGUUUCCUAAGACACCUACUCAACGCGGUGACUAUAUAGCAGAGUUUCAGAUAAAAUUUCCUGACAAAAUGCCUCAAACAACGAAAGAAAUCCUGAAGCAACACCUUCCAAUCUCUUAGAACUCAAAUCAAAGCAAUAUAUAACACUGUGCCAGAAGUUUGAAGAAACGAACAAAGGAUCAUACAUUUUCUAAUAUAAUGUAAUACAUUUUAAAGAAAAUUAUUUUAAGUCCGAGCUUUUCAGUUCUUUAUUAUGCUGAACCUUGUAAACAUAACAAUGGUAAGUGUGCAAAAGAACUGUAGAAUCUGUUUUAGUAGAAUAAUAAUCUUAACGCAUACUGAAAUCACUUUUCACCAGUGUCAGGUUGGGGUGGGAGGGAGCAGGUGGGGGAAACCUAUUUUAAAUAUGCCUGCAUGUGAGAGGAUAUGGUGCAGUGCUACAUCACUAAAGCUGGAUUUGUCCAGUAUGGUGUAAUUUAGUAGUAACUAAAGUACCUGCAUAAUAAAUCAGAGAUGGUCAUUUGAAAGUUGAGCUUUUAGGCAUUAUUCUUCAAGAGAAACACUAGAUAAUUGUAAGCUAAAAUGACACUGGCCAGUAGUAUUGAAGCACAAGUCAUCAUGGUGCCAUAAAAGGGUGCGAGUUUGUUUGAACCAUGGAAUAAUUUGUACAAGUUUACAAAAGUCCACUGCAGCAAAAAAAGUUUCAACUUUUGAAAAGCUUUGCAACAAUAUUGGUUAUAAUUUUUUUCCACCAUGUUUCACAAUUUGGGUUAAGUUACUGAUCAGAAUUACAUUUGGACCUAUACACUGGAAGUUUUAGAGGCAAAAACAACCUUUUUAUGUAGAGGAGCCAUUAUUUCAAGUAAGUUUGCUUUUGAGAAGCGAUAUGUACAUCACACAUCGUUAAUAGUGGAGAAAAUGAAGUUUUAAGUAUUAAGUUAAUUGACUGUAGCAAUAUAGUACUAAACGCAGAAUUUGAUAUUUUAUAUGUUUUAAAAAAAAGCAUUUUCUUACAAAGUCAUCUGUCAGCAACAGAAUCGGUAGCUUUGGAGGCUUACAAUUUCACAAUUUUAAAAUUGAACCAAGUUUGAGCUGGAAUUUUGAGCAUUAGGGAAACUUAUUAAACUGAUACACUCUUGACUUUCCUUCGUGAUCAUUGAAAAACAUUUUUGUUUAGUAUUUGUCACAUGUCAAAUGUUCAACUUUGUAUUUUCUUCUGUUUUGUAUGAAUUCCUAUAUAUAAUGUCAUGUUUAAAUUCUCCAGCUUUCUGCGAACAGUCACUGCAGCUCUUAUAUCUGAAGCAUUUUAACAGAAGUUGUUUUUGGUUUCCCUUGUUUUCUGUAUUAUGACUUAUACUAUUUUUAAUUCACCCAGCUUUCCCUAUGCUACCACACAUUUAAUUACAAAAUCAGAUUUUAUACUCACUGUUUAUUAUCGACAAGUCAUCAUUAUUUUAUUAGCUUUUUUGCAGUACAGUUAUUCCAUUGUUCUUCUUCACAGCCUAGCCAAACUAUUUUAUAUUUUGCUUGCAAUGAGCUGAAACACACUCCAUUCUAGUUCCCAAUUUUUAUAGACUUAUAUGCUUCAUUCAUUCAUGCUAGUAUGAUGGCUGAAGUUGGUACAUACAAGAUUUAGAGAGCAGUUUUGUAGUCUACAGGGGAAUGAUGUAAGCAAGGGAGACACUCUGCAAGAGUUUCUGGUGGUCUUUUUUUGACCCCUACAACUAAUAUAAAAAAACCGGUGUGGAAAGAGUUUUUGCUUGCACUAUAACUCAGGGCUGCAUGUUUUUGCUGCUGAGUAUACCUGCUGCUGUAAAACAUUUUGUGAAAUUUGUACAAUUAUUACUAUUUUAUAAUCUGGUAAAUUGGUUCUUUAGUAGGGUUUGCACAAACUAUUGCCAAGUUUCAUCAAAAUGCAAAAUUAUUAAGCAGUGUUCUUUUUCACCAUUUCCCCUCUUUUCCUUCACCCCCAUAUGGUUAAAAUAAAACAUACUGCCAAUUAAAGAAGAAAAAAGCGCAAUCUGUAUUGACUGGAAGUUUUGAAACCCUCCUCUUUUCUAUAUGUUCAUAUGACGGCAUACAAAAUUAUAAACAAUGGUUCAGAUGUGUAGUGUAGCAAUGAAAAUAUUUUAAAUAUUUUUUUUAAGUUAGUUGGUAUUCCAGUACUAGUAAAGAGCAUCAGGACGUUGCAAAUGCUAGAUAAAUGUUUAAUUUUUUGAGUCUGCUUUUUACACUUUCAUGGGAAUGACAGGAAGCAGAGCUGCCCCUACACAAUUAGGAACCAAAAACUUUAUAAUGUGCUAAUAGGAAAGGAAUGAAAGUAGCACAGGUGCUGCUUGAAAAAGAAUAUGAAACUCUAUUCCUGUAUCUUAAUUUUUUUUAUUGAUUUUAAAGAGACUUCCAAAAGAAGAAAAAUCCACACAGGUCCUUUUUCAAUAAAUUGUUGACACUUUCAAUAUUUCCAUCUGUAUUUUAAUUCGUAAAAAAAUAAACUGCAUUUUGACUGAA